GUUAGUGCUGGAGCAACACUAUAGUGACAGCAGUGAUCGGGGCUGCAUAUCUAUGCGUCGGGUGGAGUAGAUCUCUCAAGUGAUAUGUUUGGAUACUAAAGGUGUCACAAGUCAUGGAGAAUGAAUUAUUAAAUCAUCCUCAUGUUAAUAACAUGGUAAAUGGACAUCAGGAUGCCACCUGUGAUUCUCUUAGCAUGAAGAAUGAUGCAGAAAUGCUGGAACAGAUAAAACAGCUUCUAAUGGAAAAUAAUAAUCUAAAAGAAACUAUGAAGCAAAUGAAUCAGGAGAUGAAAGAACGCCUUGAAGUGCUCCUGAAGAGACAUAAUCAGCAUUUGCUAGACUUGAAGAGUGAAAACGAGGUGUUAAGGAAGGAAUUACAAUGUUUAAAAGAAAGAAAUGCCACAUAUAAUCAAGGUAUGCCAGCUUGCACUACUUCUGAGGAAGCAAGUGAAAACAAACAGCUGAAGAAUCAGUUAAUGCGUAUACAGGCAGAGAAAGCUGACCUGCUUGGUCUUAUAUCUGAAUUACAGCUGAAACUCGGCAGCUUUUCUGAAGAUUCAUUUGUUGAAAUCAGAAUCUCUGAAAAGGAAUCUGGUGAAAAAGUAAAUGAAGAAAAGGCAAAUAAAACACCAUCAGACCAUAAUAUGUCAUAUAGGACAAAUUCUGUCAAAGAAGAAGGGAAUGGCACCGAACCAGAAGGGGCGGCAAUCAGUAGGCUCCUUCGUAGCCUGAGAGAGGAAACUCAGAAAGUGGAGAGACUUGAGAAGGAAUUAUUUAGUGCAAAUAAAAGGUUGGAUGAACUAGAAAAACAAACCUCUGAACUCUGUGACAAGGACGUGCAAACAGAUCAAAAACAGAGUCAGUCUGAAGUGAUAAUUUCCAGUGAAGUAAAUAUAUUAAAGGAGAAAGUGAAGUCACUGAAUAAAGAACUCCAGGAAACCAAUGAUAAAUUAAAGGAGGCCAAACAGUUAAAGAACAAUCUUCAAGAAAAGUGCAUAUUACUAGAUAAGAGACUUCAAGAAAACCAGAUUGAUUUGGAGGAAAAGCAAAGUCUUCGAUAUUGUAUAAAAAAAUUAGAACUUCAAGUGGAGAGUCAAGAGUCGGAAAUUAAACUAGAACGAAACAAAACAGAAGCUGAAAAAAAUCAAUUAGCCAUCUUGCAGGUUUCAUAUGAUAAACUGAACUCAGAACAUCAGCAACUAAGGAGAAGUGAGAGUGAAAAAGUUUCCAAAACCAUGUUCAAUGAGCUGCUUGAAAAGCUUGAUGCGUGUGAGAAGGCACUGGCAAAAAAACAAUUAGAAAUUGAUGAAAUGAGAGAAAUUGACACAAAACACAAGGAGGAUAAAGAAACUAUUGAACUUCUUCGUGCUCAGAUUGAAGUGUAUUGUGCAGAUUUCCACGCUGAAAAAUCUGCUAGAGAGAACAUUAAUCAAGAGAAGGAGCAGUUAGCAGAUCGCUAUGCGUAUAUGAUGCAACAAAAUGAAGAAAUGAUGGCCAGGCAUUCAAUAGAACAGCUCCAGAGGCGCCAUAGUUCCACAAGAUCAGUGGAUGCCAGUGAGAGUCCUUAUAUAGUGCCAAGAGGUGCAGACAACAUGGAGCAGCCAAGUAUUACUGUGCAUACAUGUCCAAAAUGUAACCUGACUGUUCCAGACAUGGAUACACUGCAGAUUCAUGUUAUGGACUGUAUCACCUAAGCCUCCAUUUGGGCCACUGAAUACAACAUAUCUUUCUUUGCCUUUUAGAAGUGUGAUAGAUAUAUAUAUAUAUAUUUUUUUUAAACUGACAUGUUUUUGUAGAUUUUCACUGCAUUUGAAAUGAUUCCUCCGCUACCUGCAGCACGUGAUAUAUAUUUUAUUACCAAGCACUUUACAAAACACACAUUUGUACUUAAAGUUUUGAUUUUUGUUUUCAACAUCAAGGUCUUAAAGAAAGUUCAGCUAAUAUGAUUUUCACUCUGCAGAUGUCUUAUUACACAAAAGCUAAACACACAACUAAAUACUGUAAAAUGACCAGUAAUGCCUAAUGUCAUUUGGUUCCAUACGCUGAAACUAUGCUUUUACUUUAACUUUUUACUGUUAAGUUUAAUAAAUACAUUUUCUUUACUUAA